CUUCCUCCCACUUUCCCAUUAAAAACCACCAACCUUCUCCCACCUCACACCUCUAACAACUUUUAUUCAAAGCCCCUUCCGGAUUCAUCCAUCCUUUCUUUCCAUCGUAUUGGCCGGCCGUUUCCAUUCUUUUGGGCGAUGGGCCGCCGGCUCCAUGGCGAGCACCUCAAGCAGCUGAGGGACAUCUUCGACCGGUUCGACAUGGACUCCGACGGCAGCCUAACCCAGCUGGAGCUCGCCGCCCUCCUCCGCUCCCUCGGCCUGAAGCCGACCGGAGACCAGAUCCAUGCCUUGCUUUCGAAUAUGGAUGCUAAUGGGAAUGGCUCCGUGGAAUUCGCCGAGCUCGCCGACGCCAUCGCCCCCUUGAUGAGCGACGAGGCCCUCGUCAACCAAGAACAGCUCCUCGACGUCUUCCGGUCGUUCGAUCGCGAUGGCAAUGGUUAUAUAUCGGCGGCCGAGCUGGCCCGGGCGAUGGCGCGGAUGGGACAGCCGCUGACCUUCUGCGAGCUCACCGAGAUGAUGCACGAGGCUGACACCGACGGCGAUGGGGUUAUUAGCUUCACGGAGUUUGCCGCCGUUAUGGCCAAGUCCGCCGCCGACUUCCUUGGAUUCGCCGUUUCCUAGAUUCGCUGGAAGGACUUCAUUGACUUGGUGACCAGCUCAGCCGGUGUCCCACCUGGGUUUAAUAUGAUAGGGUGUUUGGGAGAUGGUUGUAACUUAUAGAUUCGCCAGAAGUAGUUCAUGGAUUUGGUGACCAGGUCAGCCGGUGUCCCACCUGGUUUUAAUAUGAUAGGGUGUUUAUGGUUAUUGUUAGGUUUGUAAUAAAAUGUACAUAAGGGAUGAUGGGAUUGGAAGAUGGCUGUAACUUGUAAGGCUGUAGAAAUGCAGGACAAAUUUUUCAAUGAUCUUCCCCUGGUGUUUCCUGCAAGUUUCCAAGGGGAAGAGAGAGAAACUGUCUCGGUAAUGUUAUUAUUUAUAAUCUUGUGUUCUUAUAUUGGUUCUAAUCAUUCAUCUA